CCUUUAUGAUUUUGUUUUCGCACGUAGUUGCGGUAACCUUUCUAACAGCACAGUCUGGUCGCGCCGAACGUAUGAGAGGAGACGCGCCAUGCCCACUUUAUUUGGUGCCCCAACUCCCACUUUAGCGUGCUGUCACAUUAUCGCGCAGUCACAUUACCGGCUUUCCAUUAGUCGGCAGAACAGGUCAACAAAGUUGUGGACUGCAACCAGCUACUCCACAUGGGUAACCAACGGUCCUCUCGAAUUGUCUUCUUGGUUGCUGUUGUAUUCCUGAUAACUGUUGGCAUUCUUCUGCUCACCAUUAACACUGAAGACUUGAAGGAACCUGCGCAAAACAUGUAUGGCAUUGUCCUGGAUGCUGGAUCCUCCCACACAACCAUGUACAUCUACAAAUGGCCAGCAGACAAGCAGAAUGGCACAGGCAUCGUCAGCCAGCACUGCGAGUGCUACAUAAAUAGAGGGAUAUCCAGCUUUGCUAGCAAAAGAGGGGGAGCCGCUGAAAGCCUGGAGGAGUGCAUGAAUAAAGCUGUGAAACAAAUACCCAAGAACAGGCACCAGUUCACACCUGUGUACCUUGGAGCUACAGCUGGGAUGAGACUGCUGAAUAUGAUAAAUCACACGGAGUCAGAUGAGAUUUUAAAAGAAGUGGAACACAAGCUGAAGACAUAUCCAUUUGGCUUCAAAGGGGCCACCAUCUUGACUGGACAAAUGGAAGGAGCAUAUGGCUGGAUCACUGUCAACUAUCUAUCAGAAAACUUUAUCAAGUAUGGGAUUGUGGGUCGCUGGCUGUCCCCUAACAAGCAGACAGUCGGUGCGCUGGACUUUGGUGGAGCCUCCACCCAAAUUACAUUUGAGACCAACGAAAAGGUGGAGAACAACGAUAACAGUUUAACGCUGCAGCUUUAUGGGCAGGCAUAUCAGAUCUAUACCCACAGUUUUCUGUGCUACGGCAAGGACCAGAUGUUGCGGUUGCUGCUGGUCCAGUUGGUCAAGAACCAGGGCUACGAUGGUGUCUUAACCCACCCAUGCUAUCCAAAAGAUUACAACAUAUCCAUGACAUUGAACAAACUGUUUGACUCCCCAUGCACAGUUUCCAGCAGGCCUUCCCCAUACAAUGGCAGCAAGAAGCUGCAAAUCCAAGGCUCAGGGAACUACCAGCACUGCCUGGAAAAUAUGUUGCAAAUCUUCUCCUUUCAAACUUGCACAUACUCCAAAUGCUCCUUUAAUGACAUCUACCAGCCCAACGUCACAGGCAACUUCAUGGCAUUUUCUGCCUUCUACUACACAUUCGACUUCCUGGUACAGAGCACGGGCAUCUUCAUUAAUUCCCCUGUGCUCUUGAAGCAGGCAGCUGUCAUUGUGUGCAACAUGACCUUCCAGGAGAUGUUACAGAAGGAUCCAAAGCAGCACGAUCAUUUGCAGAACUACUGCGCCACCAGCGCUUUCAUGCAGGUGCUCUUGCUCAAAGGCUACGGUUUUGAUCAACUAUCAUUCCCUCACAUCUCCUUCCAAAAGACGGCAGGGGACACUUCUAUUGGUUGGGCCCUGGGCUACAUGCUGAGCCUAAGCAACUUACUCCCAUCGGAGAGUUUAGCCCUGAGGAAGGCUCUGCGUCCAGGAGCCUGGAACACACUCAUUUUCCUUUUUACCUUUCUGCUGUUAAUAGCUAUCGCAUCUCUUCUGUUCUUUAUGUGCAAAAAUAAGAAACAGAGCAAUAGCCUCCUUUAACGAUGACAGAACCACGCUAUGAUUUUGCAGGGUUUUAUUUUGCAGAUCGUUAUGCACUGAACAGGUGAAAAUAGGUUUUGUUAAACACGGUUUGUUAAGGUGGCGGGGUGUGUCAAACAUGUACAUCCAUCGAAAAAAAAAAGUAACUUUGGUAUUGAAGUGCUACUUCGAAAUAACAUUAAAAACUAUAAAACCAGAUGAUAUUGGAGGUUAUUAGUACUUGGAGUGUAAAAUAUAAAGCCUUAUUGAUGUAAAUGAUAAUACCUCCUUAAAGCAAACACAUUGCAUUGUUAUAAUUAAAUGGAUUGAGAAUAUUAUUUUUUUUCACAGCUUGCAUGCAUUUUUGAAAGAAGCAAGGCAUAUAUUUAUGUUAUACAGGCUUAGAUAUUUCAUUGGAAUUUGGUUAAAUAUUUGUUAUUAAAUGGUUAGAAUAGUUUGCAUGAUAUAUGUAAAAUUAUUAAUCUGUACAUGCAUUUUAUAUAUGAUUCA